AGUCCUGGGGCGAAUGAGUUUGCUUCCUGUGAGUAAAGGAGAGCCCGAGGCACACACACACACAUUGUAUAGCAGCUGAGAGUCAGGAGGUGUGUGUAUUCAAUGUGACAGAACAGUCAAUAGACGUGACACAGCACCCAGCUUUUCCUUCCUCUGCGGUCAGGACACAAACGGUUCCGACUGUGAGCGGUGCCUGGUGGGUAGGUGAGUAGGGGACCAGCAGGCUGACAAUCUGAGAAUCACACAAAUCUCCCCCAGCAGAGGAAGAGGAGUCGCUGAGCAGGUGAUUCUCGGGCUCAAGGGAUCCACAGAGCAGCAUCGGUCCCUCCCAGCCAACAAGUGAUUCGGCAACAGUCGCCAUGGCCUUCAGCCAGAAGUUUGCCGGGCUGCGAGUUCGAGAACAAGGAUUUGACCUGAAACAGUUUGAAGUGGAUUUCCUGGAGGUGCACAACAGUUAUCGGAAAAGGCACGGGGCCUCUCCCCUCCAAAUCAGCCGUGAGCUCUGCAGGUCAGCUCAGAAAUGGGCUGACCACCUGCUGUCCAUCCGCACCCUGAAGCACAGUAACACGGAGCACGGGGAGAACCUUUUCUACAAGUACAACUCCAGCACCAAAGAACUGCCAGGUCAUGAACCCGUGGACUCUUGGUACAGUGAGAUUAAAGAUUACAGUUUCUCCAGACCUGGAUUUGGGGGCAACACAGGGCACUUCACUCAGGUUGUCUGGAAGGAGUCUAAGGAGCUGGGAGUUGGGGUGGCCACAGACGGCAAUGGGCUUUUCUUUGUGGUGGGACAGUACAGCCCAGCGGGGAACAUCACCAACCCGGGAUAUUUUGAGAAGAACGUCCUGCCCGCCGGGUGUGUGCCCACUGAAGAUAAGGUCACAUACAAGACCCCAGCAGAAGGCAAGAAGGAACCAGAGCCAAACUGGACACCCAGUGACAAGAAACCCAGUGCAGAAUAUGGCAGAAAAGGUGCUGAGGGGAGUGCGUUUGAGCAGGAUUUUGUGGCUGCCCAUAACACAUACAGAAGGAAGCACGGGGCACCCCCAUUACAGCUCAGCCGGGACCUCUGCCGAUCUGCACAGCAAUGGGCUGACCACCUCCUGUCCAUCCGGACCCUGAAACACAGUGGGGGAAACACAGGAGAAAACCUCUACUAUAAAUACAGUUCCAACGCCAGGGAGCUACCAGGCCAAGAACCUGUAGACUCAUGGUAUGAUGAAAUCAAGAACUAUGACUUUGGCCGACCCGGGUUCCGCAGUAACACAGGGCACUUUACUCAGGUUGUCUGGAAGGAGUCCAAGGAGGUUGGAGUUGGGGUGGCUACAGACGGCAAUGGGCUUUUCUUUGUGGUGGGACAGUACAACCCAGCAGGGAACAUCACCAACUCUGGUUACUUUGAGAAGAAUGUUUUGCCUGCCGGGUCUUCUCCUGGAACAGAUAAUGCUGAGUCUGGUGGCUCACGAUGGAAACCAACAGGAGGCUAUAAAGAACCAGCUGGAGGCUUUACAGAACCACCCAGAGCCUUCAGAGAACCUGAAAAGUUAUCUACCAACCGGAAACCUGUAUCAGGAUUAACCAAACAGGCAGGAGCUGGCAGUUUUGAGCAGGAAGCUCUGGACGCACACAAUAAGUAUCGACGUCAGCAUGGUGCACCAUCUCUGCAAAUGUCCCGAGAGCUGUGCGACUCCAGCCAGAAAUGGGCCGACCACCUGCUCUCUAUCAAUGCUCUGCAGCACAGCAACACGGCCAACGGGGAGAACCUGUGGUACAAGUGGAACUCCAGUAUGAGGGAUGCAUCUGGUGCGGAGGUGGUGGACACAUGGUACAAUGAGAUAAAGGACUAUCAUUUUGGCCGGCCUGGUUUCCAGUCUAACACAGGUCACUUUACACAGGUUGUCUGGAAAGACUCCAGGGAGGUUGGCAUUGCCAAAGCUGUGGAUGGCAAAGGAAUGGUUAUAGCAGUUGCGCAGUACAGUCCAGCUGGCAACAUCACCAACCCUGGCUACUUUCAGAAGAAUGUUCUGCCAAAGGGUACGCCUGUAUCCGAUGCAGGAACAAGUCCCACGGACAGAGGUACCUCCAACAGCUCAUAUGUGGGGGCGCGUGGAACAGACUCCGCAUCAUCACCUACAGCAGAUGCCAGAGAGUUUGCGCUUGAGUUCCUAAAGGCUAACAAUGCUUAUCGAUCACGCCAUGGAGCAAAACCACUUCAACUCAGCUCUAAGAUAAGCCAGGAAGCCCAAAGGUGGGCAGAACAUCUCCUCACCCUGAAGACUUUGAAGCACAGUGAUACGUCUCACGGAGAGAAUAUCUGGGCUAAAUCUGGAGGCCCCUCCAUUACCAUCACUGGACAAGAAGUGGCUGACAGCUGGUACAAAGAAGAAAAGAAUUAUAACUUUUCCAAGCCUGGGUAUCAGGCCGACACAGGUCAUUUCACCCAGAUGGUGUGGAAAGCUUCCAAUGAGGUGGGAGUUGGCCUAGCCUCCAGCGGCAAGGGGAUGAUCAUUGUCGUGGCUCAGUAUAACCCCAGUGGGAAUAUCACCAACCCAGGGUUCUAUGCACGCAAUGUCUUCCCUCAAGGCUCAAAGGUGACAGAUGAUGAUGGUGAUGAGGAUGGCUUUGUGAAGGACACAAGUUCUAGUGCUAUCCUUCCCAUUCCAGAGAAGGAGCUGAAAGCCUUCCGUAAGGAUCUGCUCAGUGAGCACAAUAAAUACCGCAAGCUCCACAGUGCCGGAGCCCUCCAACUCAGCGCAGCCCUGUCCCAGGAAGCCCAGACGUGGGCAGAUCACUUAGUAGGGAAACGUGCCCUACAGAACAGCGACACUCAGCAUGGGGAAAACCUAUGGUACCGAUGGGGCACUGACACCAGCUUGCCAACAGGGAAAGAAGUGUCUGAGUCCUGGUACAACGAGAAUACCAAAUACAGUUUCAGCAGCCCUGGAUUCCAGAGCGGUUCAGGGAACUUCACGCAAAUGAUAUGGAAGUCUUGCUCCCAGGUGGGCUUUGGCCUCAGCACGGACAGCAAGGGAAUGUACAUUGCUGUGGGAUUUUACGACCCAGCAGGAAACAUUGCCAACAAAGGCUACUUCGAGGAUAAUGUCCUGCCCAGGAAGAAGUGAUGGCAUCUCAUGGCACUGAAGGAUGAGCCCAAGCUAUCAAUCAGGAUGAAGAACCCCCUUCCCAAGAUAAGUUCCUACUUUGCUGGACUCAGGGAAUCUGAAUGGUUUAUUUUUUUUUAAUAAUUCUGUGCGAGGGUCAGGUGGAAAUGUCUGGGAAAGACACUGGAUAACAUACUGAAUGUUUCCAUCACCCAUGUAUGGCAGCACCGCAUUCUCUCCGAUGCAGCUCCACACAAUUAUACUUUUAUUUGCUACAAAAUGAUGUGGUUAAAAGGAACCUCAGGAGCAGGCAUGGGAUAUAUACCAUACAAUAGGCUGUUAGUUGGGUUAGGUGUUGCCUUCAGGCCUGACAUGGCCAUGCUACACUCAGCCCAGGGGUACGAACCAGAGGCACAACUAAAUACCCACACAGCCUGGUGCAACAUUUUCAAUUGGGCCUUGCUCCACAAUCUAAGCUCACACCACGCACCUUUCCCUUACUGAUACCCCAUAGCAUCGCCUGGGGGACAUCCUGGUGCAUUUAAUCAGUCCACUUGUAUUCAGCCCCAUUUGAUGGCCUCCUGGGCCAGAUCUGCUUGGUGAGGUGGGCAAAUAAGUCUUUAACCAAUUUAGCCAGCAAUGUACGGGGCCCAAUCAGGAUGAUCUGAUUGAAAGCGAAUGCCAGAGUUUGAUAAAUGUAUUCAGAGUCUUGUCCUUAGCAAUGUAGGGGUGCAAGUCAUGAAGCGCCUUAUAAAAUAGGUUUAUAUUACCUUUAUUCUUUCCUAUAGUGUUUACACAUGCUGUUUCACCCGGGGAUGCUGAAUUAUCCUAAUAGUUAAGUGUAUUACCUAAAAUAGAAGCAGCCAUGAUUGUUGUGACAUGUCUACAGACCACACCCCCACCACUGGCCAACGGUAAAAUGGUUAUUUGGUUCCCCAAAGGCACACUGCUUGGUAGACGUUAAAAAAAAGGAAUGGCCCCCGCUAAGCACUUUAGCUAUAACCGUGUGUGUCACUUUAAGGACAGGUGGGUUUCUGGGUAUAGAUCUAAACAUGCAUUAUUGGUCAAACUGGGAAUUGUGAAAUUGUGAUUGUUCCCGCUCCCUGCACCUUCCCACUGGUCCCAUUUGUGCAUUGCUUAUAUGGUACUGUGCUUUUAUGUUGAGGUACUGCUGUUGAAUGGAAUAAAACCACUAAUACUGCAAAUUAUUGAGCUUGCACGAAGGUUCUGUCUGAAUGGUACAGACACUUGUCUUUUAGAGAUUUUAUUUUCUAUUAAAGCACAAUUUCCCCAUA